AAAACCCUUAUUUUGGAUCUUGGCUUUCCCUACACAUCGCAUUCGUAGAAUCGAACCCUUCACUUAUAAUUAAUAAAAGCUUCUUCAAGUCUCUGCAGCUCUGAAAGUAGUUAGUUAGGCCAUGGCUGCUAGUCCUCCUCCUAACCCCGUGCCGGUUGCGUACCAGGGAGGUGCCGGCGCGGUGCCAGUAUGGUUGAACAAAGGGGACAACGCAUGGCAAAUGGUAGCAGCCACACUCGUCGGCCUCCAAAGCGUGCCGGGUCUUGUCAUCCUGUACGGAAGCAUAGUAAAAAAGAAAUGGGCAGUGAACUCAGCUUUCAUGGCUCUCUACGCUUUUGCGGCCGUCGUAAUCUGCUGGGUGUCGUGGGCUUACAAGAUGUCGUUUGGGGACAAGCUCCUACCCUUCUGGGGCAAAGCUGGCCCUGCCUUGGGCCAGAAGUUCCUCAUCAACCAGGCAGCUCUGCCUGCGAGCACGCACUACUUCAGUGACCACAAGACUGUGGAGACUCCUGAGGCCACACCCUGGUACCCGAUGGCGGAGACUCCUGAGGCCACACCCUGGUACCCGAUGGCGGAGACUCCUGAGGCCACACCCUGGUACCCGAUGGCGGAGACUCCUGAGGCCACACCCUGGUACCCGAUGGCGGAGACUCCUGAGGCCACACCCUGGUACCCGAUGGCGGAGACUCCUGAGGCCACACCCUGGUACCCGAUGGCGGAGACUCCUGAGGCCACACCCUGGUACCCGAUGGCGGAGACUCCUGAGGCCACACCCUGGUACCCGAUGGCGGAGACUCCUGAGGCCACACCCUGGUACCCGAUGGCGGAGACUCCUGAGGCCACACCCUGGUACCCGAUGGCGGAGACUCCUGAGGCCACACCCUGGUACCCGAUGGCGGAGACUCCUGAGGCCACACCCUGGUACCCGAUGGCGGAGACUCCUGAGGCCACACCCUGGUACCCGAUGGCGGAGACUCCUGAGGCCACACCCUGGUACCCGAUGGCGGAGACUCCUGAGGCCACACCCUGGUACCCGAUGGCGGAGACUCCUGAGGCCACACCCUGGUACCCGAUGGCGGAGACUCCUGAGGCCACACCCUGGUACCCGAUGGCGACCAUGGUAGGACCAAGGGUGAAGAAGGACAUGGAGAGAUUUCCACCAAACAACGUACUUCUGGUGUUAGCAGGAGCGGGGUUGCUGUGGAUGGGAUGGGCAGGUUUCAACGGGGGAGAUCCGUAUGCAGCAAACACGGACUCAUCCAUGGCCGUCCUCAACACCAACAUCUGCGCCGCCACGAGCUUAUUGGUUUGGACUUGGCUCGAUGUCAUCUUCUUUGAGAAGCCUUCCGUCAUUGGAGCUGUCCAAGGAAUGAUCACUGGCCUCGUCUGUAUUACUCCUGCUGCAGGUCUUGUUCAAGGAUGGGCCGCUAUAGUGAUGGGAGUUAUGUCAGGCAGUGUGCCAUGGUUCACCAUGAUGAUAGUGGACAAGAGAUGGAAACUGCUAUCCGCGGUUGACGACACCCUUGGUGUAUUUCACACCCACGCCGUGGCCGGUUUUCUUGGCGGUGUUUUAACGGGGCUUUUUGCUGAGCCUGAACUAUGUGCACUCUUUUUGCCCGUCACAAACUCGCGCGGAGGUGUGUACGGAGGCUCUGGAGGAAUGCAAAUCCUCAAACAAAUUGUAGGAGCCCUAUUUAUCAUUGGAUGGAAUAUUGUGGCCACCUCCAUUAUUUGCCUAGUCUUACGGUGUAUAGUUCCGUUGCGCAUGCCGGAGGAACAGUUGCUGAUUGGGGAUGACGCAGUGCAUGGAGAAGAGGCAUAUGCAUUGUGGGGUGAUGGGGAGAAGGAACAAUUGCAUGAUGUUACUAGGCAUGAGCUUUACUCCGAUGAUACGUCACACGGUCAAAAAUAUCCAUCCAGUGGUGCCACUCAGGUGGUCUAACUCAA